UUGUUGCAUGAUUUUUCCAGGGAAUGUAGGUGUGCCAGUCCAUCUUUAGCAUCAGUUGAUGAUGGUGUAGCAUCUGGCAGUUGACUACCACUGAAACACUCCUUGCAUUGAUCUGACAACAUCCUUGUGGUAGUGUGCUGCUACAGUUAUCAAAAUGGGCAACUGGGCCAAUAAGUAUUACCUGGAUCCUUUGCACACACCCGAUCACAGAAGUCCUCCAACUUUUGAUUCAGCAUAUGGAUUUCCGAAUGGACGGAAAGCCAGAGUUAUGGUUGCAACAGAAGAGGAGAUGAAGUCAGCUAAAAUACCUCUUGAAGAUCGUGACUAUUGUGCUCAUUAUCUCAUCAAGUAUAAGGCUUGCAAAGCAAAGAAUUGGCCUUGGGCAGUGAAGUGCAAGCAUGAGAAGCACGAAUGGGACUACUGUGAAUAUGAAGAGUAA